AUGGACCCCCUUAACCUGGUGCUGUAUUUGCCUCGGGCAGAGUGGUCCCCAGGGCCAGAAGACCCAGGCUGGUGUGCGAUGUUGUGUCAGGUGCUCAAGGAACACCAGAUGUGUCCAAGACAGAAGAGUCUGCUGAGGGCACGGGUCAUGGACUUCAUCACCUCCACGGCCAUUCUGCCCCUGCUCCUGGGCUGCGUGGGCCUCUUCAGCCUCUUCAAGCUGCUUCAGUGGCUGCGCAUGAGGGCCUACGUCCGAAACGCCGUGGUGGUCAUCACCGGCGCCACGUCGGGCCUGGGCCGAGAAUGUGCCAGAGUUUUUCACGCUGCGGGUGCUAGGCUGGUGCUCUGUGGCCGGAACGCCGAGGCCCUGGAGGAGCUCAGCCAAGAACUUGCUGCUUCCCGGACUCCAGAGGUGCAGACACACAAGCCUUAUACGGUGACCUUCGACCUCGCAGACCCUGGAGCCAUAGCAGGGGCUGCCUCCAAGAUCCUGCAGUGCUUUGGCCAUGUGGACGUGCUCAUCAAUAACGCUGGGAUCAGCUACCGAGGUGCCAUUGUGGACACCAGCCCAGAUGUGGAUAAGAGAGUGAUGGAGACAAACUACUUUGGUCCAGUAGCUCUGACAAAGGCGCUCCUGCCUGCCAUGAUCAGAAGGCGCCAGGGCCACGUGGUUGCAAUCAGCAGCAUCCAGGGCAAGAUCAGCCUGCCUUUCCGAUCCGCCUACGCGGCCUCCAAACACGCAACCCAGGCCUUCUUUGACUGUCUGCGGGCUGAGGUGGAGCAGCAUGACAUCGAGGUGACGGUCAUCAGCCCUGGGUACAUCCACACCAAUCUCUCCCUUAACGCAGUCACAGCCGACGGAUCCAAGUAUGGAGUGAUGGAUGAGACCACGGCCCAGGGCCGAAGUCCUGUGCAGGUGGCCCAAGACGUCCUGGCUGCUCUGGGGAAGAAGAAGAAGGAUGUGGUGCUGGCCGACCUGAUGCCGUCCCUGGCUGUUUACCUUCGAACUCUGGCUCCUGGGCUCUUCUUUAGACUCAUGGCCUCCCGGGCCAGGAAGGAGCGGAAGUCCAAGCACAGCUAG